UGCAGGCGCCCCGGGAACUACAUACAACCACAUCUUUGAGACCCGACAUUUUUAUUUUUUUUGAAUCGCCCGGGUCACGGGUGUGGACGUAGGGGCUUGUAAGCAUGGCGGAACCCGAUACGCUAACACGGCAUCAGCUUCGGCAUCAAGCAGAAUUCGCUGCAAAGGUAUUCGGACGUCUGGCCGAGUACGACUUCCAACGUGGACUCACUGAUACCCCGGUCGAUCUUUCUAUCGAGCGACUGCGUUCUAACGAGGAUAUCUUAACCGAAUUGCACUCUACCUUGCUGCCUCUACUACGAAAGCAAAUCAUUGAUCUUUUCGACGCUAUGUGGAUGCCAAACCGCGUACCGAAAACACAUUACGUUUCCAGCCUCAACUUGAAGCUCGUAAUAGAAAUCCAACCAAAACUUGAGCUGAAUUUGGAUCGUAUAAAUCGGAUCAUCGACGAUAUCAUUCCUGGACGAAUACAUGAAUCAAGCCAAAUAUGUGAUCAGCACUUCAAACAGUUCAAGUGCUAUAGGCUUCGUGGCUUGGAUCGCACGAUCAGGGAAGAAAUGAACGAUGAGCUCGCUACUUUCUUUUUGCAUUCCCGUUGGUUCGUUGAAACAGUCCCUCCGCCAGUGGAACGCCAAGUUUACCAGGGAUCAGCAUUUGUCCAUUCACUGAAGACCAUUGACGCAGCUAUCACAUGGUCCAAAGGAUCUGAAUUACAUAUCAUCUAUGAUUAUUGGCACGAAAAACUGCAAGCAAUAGAUACCUCAUUAGACGACCUGUUUGUAUUGGCCGAUCCAGAAAACGAACGUCAGAUACAACCAAUCAUUCAGCUCUCCCAAUCAUUCGUACCACUCAUCAAACUAUCGAAGAUAUUUUUUAAAAAAAUCGCAUCGGAGGGAAUGGACAAAAAUAAUGCACCGCUCUUUACAGAAAUGUCUUCUCAUCAACUUACCUUGUUCGAAAACACGGUUGGAGAAAUCGAAGAAUCCGUCUUUAGUAUAGUGUGUUCCUUAGAAGAUUCCGAUGAAUAUAGCCCGAACUUUACUGUGCAUCUGAAUGACAAAGUCAAGGCCCUGAUAUCUCAAUUUCAAUCUUGUUUGCUUCUUGUAGACCUUUACAUUGUUCCUUUAUUCACAGAGAUAAAUGUUUGUUCGUCACAAAGUUACUUCAAAACUUGGAUUGUUACUUGGAACACUUUGUUAUCCCAAGCGACUCACAAGGCCUUCCAUGCAUGUAAAUUAUAUCGAACAGAUUGAGUGACAGAUGUGUUCAUUUGGCCUUUUAUUUUUAUGUUAUUUUGCUCUCCCCAUUUGACCCCAGCAGAUUUAACAGCUUAUAGGUACUGGGUUAACCUGGAUUUGUCUCUUUGCCAAGUCUUGAGCAAAACACACAAACUUCUGAUUGCUUGAUUGAAUCCAUUUACAUGCAUACUCUUGAAUUCAAUUUUCUUUCUCUUGUUACCUUGAGUUUGAG